AUUUAUUAAAAAGAGCAUUCUACUUUAUUUGCAUCAAUUCCCAAAACAAAAAAGGACAUCAAACCCAAAUCUUAAACAAAGAUUUUGAAAAUCCUCUUGACGUCCACUAUGACUAUGUUGUUGUUGUUGUUGUGGGAAAGAUUCCCUCUUUUCUGAAUUCUGCCAAUUUCACUCUUUUUUUUUUUUGGCGGGUAAACCCUCCUAAUUUGCUCGAACAAAUUACGCACUAAAAUCUAAUCCAAUCCCUUUUCCCGCUUUUCCAUCUUUACAUUUAUUUUUCCUUUUUUCUUUUGCCCCCACUGUGUGUUGUCUCUUUAUUGCAGACUUUUUCUUUUUAUUUCUUUUUCGAAAACUUUGUGUUUAAAAAUGUCAGGAAAGUGUAAAAACAAGACAAAAGUUGAGGCUUUAAUAUUGGGUUUCCCACAUUUUGGAGAGAGAAAGUGAUGGUAUUUCGAGGGUGAAAAUUGAAUGAAAUUGGGCGAGAGACGAAAGUACAUUGCCUUUAUUUUGGUGGGUUUUUGUUCUUUUAAUCUAAUUUCAGUAGCUUUUUUGGAAGCUAGUUUCUGUUUGCUACUAGGGUUCUUCAGGGCGAAAAAAAACUUUCCCUUGUUCGUUUUUUGCUUGUUUGUUCUUACUCAAAUGUCAUUUGUGAAUUGCAGAUUUUGAAGACCCUUCUGCUUCACUUUCAUUUUGCCUCUCUCUUUGAGUUUUGCAACGAAUGUACCUACUGUACAGUCUUUGGAGAGCAAAGGUUUUUCACCAUUCUGUAAAAAUUGAAGCUUGAAGAGGAAGCCCUUUUCUCUGGGGCUAAUUCCCAGCUAGGAUUCACAUUUGGGUCUGCAUUCCCAGCUGGGAGGGUAAUGUAUGGUGAGGAAAUGCUGAAUGUUCUGUGGCCGGAUCUACGAAAGUGACACUGUAUUGGUGGGGUAUUUCUUAACAACAUUAUUAGUCUGCAUCAGUUACUGUUCGUUCACUCGUGUUUUUUUUAUGGAAUAAUCUCUGUAGCCUUUGGAGUUUGAAGCUUGUUGAUGGUCUCACUCUGUUUUUGUUAUGCUAUUGAAAUUACUACCAUUUGAAAUUGAAGAAGGUUGUCUUUCUUUGGUAAAAUGCUGAGGCUAUAGGUUGGAAAUCCAGUUGGUUGAUGCUCAUUUUGGUCAGUCAAGUGUAGUAAUGUUUCUGUAAUUGUUCAUUGUGUCUGAACCUUUUGGGUAAUAUUAUUCUGAAGAGUGGAUAUUCCUCCAAGUUUCAAUUUACCUGCAGAAGUUAAAGAUAGAGUUGAGAUUUUCUUGGCCCAGUAUGCAGCUAAUUGGUAUUUUCACAUUAGCACUUUGCUUUCUGCCUGCUCUCGGGCAACUUCCUUCACAGGACAUAUUAGCUUUGCUUGAGUUCAAGAAAGGAAUCAAACAUGAUCCUACUGGAUAUGUGGUUCAGUCGUGGAAUGAGGAGUCCAUUGACUUUAAUGGAUGUCCCUCUUCUUGGAAUGGCAUAAUGUGUAAUGGUGGCAAUGUUGCUGCAGUUGUUCUUGACAACCUUGGGUUAUCAGCGAAUGUAGAUUUGAGUGUAUUUUCGAACUUGACAAUGCUGGUGAAACUUUCAAUGGCUAACAACUCUAUUAGUGGGAAGGUGCCCAAUAACAUAGGUGACUUCAAGAGCCUUGAAUAUCUUGAUUUAUCAAACAACCUGUUCUUCUCAUCCUUGCCUACUGGGAUUGGAAACUUGGGGAGCUUGAGGAACUUUUCAUUGGCGGGUAAUAACUUCUCUGGCUCAAUACCAGACAGCAUUUCGGGUCUGCGAUCGAUUCAGUCUAUGGACUUAAGUCACAACUCGUUUUCUGGGGAACUGCCAUCAUCUUUAAUGAAGUUGAUGAGCUUAGUGUAUCUCAAUUUGUCCCUAAAUGGGUUCACAAAGAGCAUCCCGAAAGGUUUUGAGCUGAUGACAAAUCUUGAGGUUCUUGACUUGCAUGGCAAUAUGUUCGAUGGGAAACUGGAUUCAGAGAUGUUGCUGUUCACUACUGCUAUCCAUGUUGAUCUCAGUGGAAAUUCUCUAGUGAGUUCAGCUUCUCAGCAGCAAAAAUUUCUACCAGGAAUUUCUGAGACGAUCAAGCAUUUAAAUCUUAGCCACAAUCAACUGACGGGUUCACUUGUUGGCGAGGCAGAAGCAUUUGGUAAUCUGAAGGUCUUGGAUUUGAGCUACAAUCAGCUAUCAGGGGAAUUACCCGCCUUUAACUUUGUUUAUGACCUUGAGGUUCUUAGACUCAGUAACAACAGAUUCUCUGGUUUUAUCCCUAAUGACCUUUUGAAGGGUGGUUCUUUGGUUCUUACGGAGUUGGAUUUGAGUGGUAACAACCUUACAGGGCCAGUCAGUAUGAUUACAUCAACCACAUUACGGAAUCUUAACCUUUCCUCAAAUGCACUUUCUGGUGAGCUUCCUCCACUCACUGGAAGUUGUUCAGUAAUUGAUCUAUCCAGCAACCAAUUUGAGGGAAAUUUGACGAAAUUGCUUAAGUGGGGAAACCUUGAAACUAUUGAUUUGAGCCAGAAUAGAUUGACUGGACCGAUACCUGAGGUAACUGCUCAAUUUUUACGUUUGAAUUACCUUAACAUCUCUAGCAAUGGAUUGAGCGGCUCCCUCCCAAAAGUCCUUGUGCAAUUUCCGAAAAUUGCCAUCCUUGAUCUCAGUUUCAACCAGUUGGAUGGAGCUCUUCUGAGCAACCUUUUAUCUUCACCUACACUUGAAGAGCUUCACCUACAGAGAAACAGACUGAAUGGCAGCAUCGAUUUCUCGCCACCAACAUCAUCAAAUGCAUCGAAUCUUCGAGUCCUCGAUCUUUCUCAUAAUCAGUUCAAUGGCUACUUCCCUGAUGGGUUUGGUUCUCUAUCUGAACUUCAAGGUCUGAAUAUUGCAGAAAAUAACUUUUCUGGUUCUCUUCCUACUUCUAUGGGCAAUAUCAGAUCACUAAAUUCCCUAGAUAUUUCUCAGAACGAUUUCACUGGUCCACUGCCAAAGAAUUUGUCUGAUAGUCUUCAAACCUUUAAUGCAUCAUACAAUGAUCUUUCAGGAGUUGUCCCAGAGAAUUUGAGAAAAUUUCCUUUGUCUUCUUUCUAUCCUGGAAAUUCAAAUCUACAAUUCCCAAAUCCUCCACCUGGUUCAGGCCAGCUUCCAGCUAAAAAUUCGAGGAAGAGACGGAUCAAAACUAUUGUUAAAGUUGUAAUAAUAGUUGCUUGUGUGCUUUUCCUUGUUAUUCUCAUCCUGCUUGCCAUUUUCAUCCACUAUACCCGCAUAUCAAAGAAGCCCCUGCCGGCUUUGCCUAGUAAAAACAGCCGUCGACAAGGCUCGAAUCCCCCAGCUGCCAGCGGAAGAGAUGCUGGUGGUGGUUUGGUAGUUUCAGCUGAGGAUCUGAUGACUACUAGGAAAGGUUCGUCUUCUGAGAUCAUCAGUCCUGAUGAGAAAAUGGCCGCUAUCACUGGCUUCUCUCCAUCUAAGGCCAGCCAUUUCUCCUGGUCACCUGGGUCUGGAGAUUCCUUUACGGCUGAAAAUCUUACACGUCUGGAUGUGAGAUCACCUGACAGGUUAGCUGGUGAGCUGUACUUUCUUGAUGAUACCAUCUCGUUUACGCCUGAAGAAUUAUCAAAAGCUCCAGCCGAAGUGUUGGGAAGGAGUAGUCAUGGGACAUCAUACCGGGCAACUCUGGACAAUGGUUUGUUCCUGACAGUGAAGUGGUUACGAGAAGGAGUUGCAAAGCAAAGAAAAGAUUUUGCUAAGGAGGCUAAAAAGUUUGCUAAUAUAAGGCAUCCAAAUGUAGUGACUCUAAGAGGGUAUUAUUGGGGGCCAACACAGCAUGAGAAGUUAAUUCUUUCAGAUUAUAUCUCGCCAGGAAGUCUUGCAAGUUUUCUCUAUGAUCGACCAGGAAGGAAGGGACCACCCCUAACCUGGGCUCAGAGACUCAAGAUAGCAGUUGAUGUUGCACGAGGCCUGAACUACCUCCACUUUGAUCGUGCAGUACCCCAUGGAAACCUAAAAGCCACUAACAUACUGCUGGAUGGGCCAGACUAUAAUGCACGUGUUGCUGAUUACAGCCUCCACCGCCUCAUGACACAUGCUGGCACCAUUGAACAGAUUCUUGAUUCUGGUGUACUGGGUUAUCGUGCACCUGAAUUGGUUGCAGCUAAAAAGCCCUUGCCUUCGUUCAAAUCAGAUGUUUAUGCUUUUGGUGUUAUUCUACUGGAACUGCUGACUGGGAAGUGUGCCGGCGAUGUGGUAUCUGGUGAGGAUGGAGGAGUUGACUUGACAGAUUGGGUUAGGCUGAGGGUGGCAGAAGGCCGGGGGUCGGAUUGCUUUGAUGCAGCAUUAUUACCUGAAGUGGGGAAUCCUGCAGCAGAGAAAGGAAUGAAGGAGGUCCUGGGAAUUGCUUUACGCUGUAUACGCUCUGUAUCUGAAAGGCCUGGUAUCAAGACCGUAUACGAGGACCUCUCGUCUAUAUAGUUUGUCCAUUUUCUGUAGUGAACAGUGAGAAAAAAGUGGGAAUCAAUUAGCUCAUUGACCUCCCCAUUUCAGUAGUUGAACUAGGAAUUCUUUUGGUGUGCUGAGCUGAUUUUCUAACCAUUAGGUUUGGUGCAUAUUUUCAAUGUAUACUAGGCACCUCGUCGGUUGACAAUCUUUCUGUGUAUUGGCCAGCCUUAAAAUCUAAGUCUAAUUGUGAGAAAGUUCCAUCCUUUAUGCUUCAGGCGCCGGCCUAAGUUGAUAUUAGGAGCCCUUCUUACAGGUUUGUCUUCACAUUUCUUAGGUGCUGGUGAUGAUAAAGAUAUAUUUUUCUGGAACGGAUCCAGAAAUGCGAGUGUUAUGCACAUACAAUGGCUUGUGCAUUAGGUCAAAUUCAUCAAGAGGGACACUAAAUUAGCAAAGGAGAUGAAGAAGGAUGAAUAUAACAGAAAGGAAAGGUAUGUAGUGAAAGAAUCCAAGAUUGGACGGCCUUAUGGCCUAUGCAUUGUCUCAGAGUGUGAGAAAUUUUUUGGGCAGACUUGAAAAGAGUCACGAGGGAAACAUUGAGAAGAGGUCGAAAACUCUGCAACCCUUGAGUACCAUACUACCCCACUACCACUAGUCUUAGUCAUAACAGGUGUAGUAAAACGUCACAGUAUACCCAAUGACGGAUUCAGGGGGAGUCAGGGUGGUCGAUCGACCCAGUAACGGAUUCAUGUGGGGUCAGGGUGGUCGAUCGACCUCCGGCCGGCCGGAUUUGGCCAAAUUUUUUCAUAGUAG